AUUACAUGCCGAAGCUUUGCUUUCGUCAUCAAUGGCGGAGGAACUCCAAUUAUGGAGAAAUUAUUGUUUAAUUUUACACUAUUUUUCCCGGAUGGACAUGGACAGGAGCAAUUUUGAAAACUGUUCGCUGUUGACGACGACGACAGGGCUUUGGUUUUUGCCUUCAGGUUUCUUAAGGAUCACAAUUCACAGGUUUGGUUGCGAAGCGAAAAUGUUGAGUUGGAAGUUUACUUAGACUGGAAAUGGGGAGCGCCGCUAAGCUUAUCGUGGAUGCCCUGCUACAACGCUUCCUUCCACUUGCUAGACGUAGGAUUGAAACAACACAAGCACAUGAUGGACGCUAUCUUCGGCCAUCGGAUCCAGCUUAUGAACAAGUGUUGGAUUCCUUAGCUUUGGUGGCUCGACACAUGCCUAUACCUCUUCUUGAAGCGCUUCUUCGCUGGAGAGACAGUGAAUCCCCAAAAGGUGCAAAUGAUACAUCUGCAUUUCAGAAAAAGCUUGCAGUGGAGUGCAUUUUUUGUUCAGCUUGUAUUCGCUUUGUGCAGUGUUGUCCACCUGAUGGACUUACAGAAAAACUAUGGAGUGGGCUUGAGCAUUUUGUAUUUGAUUGGUUGAUCAAUGCUGACAGAUUUGCUGAUUACAGGGUUGUAAGUCAGGUUGAAUAUCCUUCGUUGGCUGAUUUGAGGGGGCUCCUUCUAGACCUAGUUGCACAGCUUGUGGGUGCUCUAUCACAGACCAGGUUCACAUCUGUAACUGGACACUUUUUCAUGGAACUCAACACCCGUCGUAUCGAUACUAGUGGGGCCCGAACUGAAACCCUCAGCAUCAUUAAUGGGAUGCGACAUCUAAAGCUCGGGGUGAAGACGGAGGGUGGUAUCAACGCGUCAGCAUCUUUUCUGGCAAAAGCCAAUCCACUGAGUCGUGCUCCCAGCAAACGAAAAAGUGAACUUCACCAUGCGCUUUGCAAUAUGUUGUCAAGCAUUUUGGGCCCACUUGCAGAUGGUGGUAAAGCUCACUGGCCUCCACCUGGCAUGCAACGUGCACUUCCUGCAUGGUAUGAAGCUGUUGCACGUGUAAGGAUACAAAUCAUUCAUUGGGCAGACAAACAGAGCAAGCAUAUACCUGCUGCUUACCCUUUGGUGACUCUGCUUCUUUGUCUUGGUGAUCCUCUUGUUUUUCUCGGUAACUUUACUGUUCAUACUGAGCAACUGUACAAACAUCUAAAGGAUAAGAACAACCGGUUUAUGGCUCUGGAUUGUAUACACUGUGUUACAAAAUUUUAUCUGAGUGUUCAUGGGGAGUCCCAACAAUCAAACCGGGUAUGGGACUACCUGGACAGUGUGACUGCACAACUUCUAACAGCUCUUAAAAGAGGGAUGCUUACUCAAGAUGUCCACCAUGAUAAACUUGUUGAACUCUGUGUUACAAUAGGGGAACAUCACCUUGAUUUUUGUAUCAAUCAUGUGAUACUCGAAAUGCUUAAGCAAGAUAGUCCAAGUGAGGCGAAGGUCAUUGGUCUUCGUUCUUUACUUGGCAUUUCAGUGGCCCCCACAAGCGAACAUAUCGGCUUGGAAACCCUUCAUGCUCAGGACUUGGGUCACUACGUUCCAAAAGUAAAGAUUGCAAUCGAGUCUAUAUUGAGAUCAUGCCAUAGAGCUUACAAUCUGGCGCUUCUCACCUCUUCAAAGACAACUAUAGAUGCUAUCACAAAGGAGAAGUCACAAGGGUAUCUUUUUCGGUCAGUUUUAAAGUGCAUACCAUACCUGAUUAAAGAUGUUGGUAGAAGUGAUAGAAUGACUGAGAUAAUACCCCAACAUAGUAUCAGCAUUGAUCCUGGUAUUCGUGAGGAAGCAAUACAAGCACUGAAUAGAAUUGUGAGAUUCCUACCUGAACGUCGAUUUGCAGUUAUGAGAGGUAUGGUGAAUCUCAUCUUACGCCUUCCAGACGAGUUCCCUCUUCUCAUUCAAACAUCAAUAAGCCGCCUUCUAGAACUGUUGCGUUUAUGGAGAGCUUCUCUUUCUGAUGAUAAUGUUGAACAUGAUGAUUUCCAUGCUUCAGAGAUUGAAGCAGUUGGUCUUAUCUUUCUUACUUCUGCUGAUACUCAUAUUAGACAUACAGCAUUGGAGUUGUUGCGAUGUGUGCGUGCUUUACGAAAUGAUAUACAAAGCUUUCUGUUAUGUGAAAAGUCGGAUCUCAUUGAGCCUAUACUAAUGAUCGAUGUGUUUGAGGAAAAUGGGGAUGAGAUUGUUCAAAGCUGUUACUGGGAUUCCAGCCGUCCGUUUGAUCUGCGACGAGAAUCUGACGUGGCACCUCCUGAUGCGACACUUGAAGCUAUGCUUUUUGAAAGCCCUGAUAAGUACAGAUGGUCUCGUUGUCUUAGUGAGCUUGUCAAAUAUGGUGCACUUCUCUGUUCACGUUCCAUUCAGGAAGCAAAGGUAGAGAUUAUUAAAAGACUUGCACUUGUGACACCUGCUGAAUUGGGGGGAAAGGCUCAUCAGUUACAAGAUGCAGACAACAAAGUAGAUCAAUGGCUGUUGUAUGCUGUGUUUGCUUGUUCUUGUCCACCUGGAAGGGAAGGAGCUGGCACAUCAUCAACACGAGAACUAUUCCGACUCAUCAUUCCCUCACUAAAAUCUGGUUCUGAAGCAUAUGUUCAUGCUUCCAGUAUGGCUCUUGGUCAUUCACAUCUGGAAGUGUGUGAAGUAAUGUUCAGCGAGCUGGCAUCUUAUAUGGAUGAAAUUUCUUCAGAAACAGAAGGAAAACCAAAAUGGAAGAGUCAAAAACCUCGACGUGAAGAACUCCGAAUCCACAUUGCAAAUGUAUACAGAAGUGUAGCUGAGAACAUAUGGCCUGGGAUGCUAUCGCGUAAGCCGGUUUUCCGUCUUCAUUAUUUGAAGUAUAUCGAUGAAACAACAAGAUUAAUCACAACAGGACCUCUUGAGAAUUUUCAUGAAAUGCAAACUCUUCGUUACACACUUGCAUGUGUACUAAUCCCAUUGGCUCCUGAAUUUGUGGACUCAAAAUCAGAAAAAUUUGAUCCGAAAAUCAGAAAGCGAUUAUUCGAUCUUUUUCUCUCAUGGUGUGAUGACUCAGGUAGUGCAUUGACUCAGGAUGGGUUAAGUGAUUAUCGGCGUGAAGUUGAACGAUACAAGUCUAGUCGCUACACACGGUCAAAAGAUUCGGUUGACCGAGUCUCGUUUGACAGAGAACUUUCUGAACAGGUUGAAGCAGUGCAAUGGGCUUCCAUGAAUGCCAUGGCUUCAUUGUUAUAUGGCCCUUGUUUUGAUUUUGAUAAUGCGAGAAAAAUGAGUGGAAGGAUUAUAUAUUGGAUUAAUAGUCUCUUCAUUGACUCUGCACCCAGGGCUACUUUUGGUUAUUCGCCCACUGAUCCAAGAGCUCCAUUUUAUGGUAAUAAACACACAGGAGGAGGUGGAGCUACUGGACGUGAUAAAACCAGAUCUGGUCACCUUCGUGUUUCCCUUGCUAAAAUAGCUUUGAAGAAUCUUAUUCUUACAAAUUUAGACCUUUUUCCUGCUUGCAUUGAUCAGUGCUAUUAUUCUGAUGCGGGUGUAGCAGAUGGAUACUUCAGUGUAUUGGCUGAAGUCUACAUGCGUCAAGAAAUGCCUAAAUGUGAAAUCCAACGACUCUUGAGUUUGAUUCUUUAUAAAGUGGUGGACCCAUCUAGACAGGUUCGUGAUGACGCCUUACAAAUGCUUGAAACUUUAUACAUCCGCGAAUGGGCUGAAGAAGAUAAGAUUGAAAGUUCCGGAAGCUGCUAUCAAGCUGCAGUAGUUGGGAACCUUCCGGAUUCCUACCAACAGUUUCAGUACAAAUUAUCUUGCAAGCUUGCCAAAGAUCGCCCCGAGCUGAGUCAGCUUCUUUGUGAGGAAAUCAUGCAGAGACAACUAGACGCGGUUGAUAUAAUCGCACAACACCAAGUUUUAACAUGCAUGGCUCCUUGGAUUGAAAAUCUUGAUUUUUGGAAACUUCAAAAUUCAGGGUGGAGUAAAAGAUUAUUGAAAAGUCUUUAUUAUGUGACGUGGCGACACGGUGAUCAUUUUCCCAAUGAAAUCGAGAAGCUUUGGAGAACUAUUGCGAGUAAGACGCGUAACAUCCGCCCGGUUCUUGAUUUUUUAAUCACUAAAGGAAUCGAAGAUUGUGAUUCGAAUGCAUCAACGGAAAUAAGCGGUGCGUUUGCUACGUAUUUUUCAGUUGCUAAAAGAGUAAGCUUAUAUCUAGCUAGAAUUUCUCCACAAGGUACAAUCGAUCACUUGGUUUACCAAUUAGCCCAAAGAAUGCUUGAAGAUAGUUUAGAACCCAUCAGACCAACAUCUAACAAGGGCGAUUUGGGAAAUUUCAUUUUGGAAUUUUCUCAGGGUCCAACACCAGUUCAGAUGCAGAGUACUGCCUCUGUUGUUGAUAACCUAAACCCGCCGCCUCAUUUGUCACCAUUACAGGUUCGAGGAUCUGUUGAUGGUCAACUAACAAGGAUAAACCUUGCUCCGGUAACUUCCGGAAGGUCUAGCCAGCUGAUUCCGUUGAUGUCACCGCUAAUGGGAGUCCGGAAUUCACGAAGCCGACAUGCCUCUCGAGAUAGUGGGGAUUACCUGAUCGAGACACCGAAUUCGAAUUCCGAAGUAGAUGGUCUGCAUGCUUUUAGUGGAAUACUCGGUGUUAGUGCUAAAGAGCUUCAUACAGCUUUACAGGGUCAUCAGCAGCAACAUUCCUUAACCCAUGCAGAUAUAGCUCUGAUCCUACUUGCAGAAAUUGCUUAUGAAAACGACGAAGAUUUCAGGGAGCAUUUACCUUUACUUUUUCACGUGACAUUUGUCUCCAUGGACAGUUCAGAAGACAUUGUUCUAAAACACUGUCAACGGUUACUCGUUAAUUUGCUAUAUUCACUCGGUGGGAGACAUCUGGAGCUUUACACUGUUGAAAAUAAUGACGGGGAAAACCGGCAACAAGUCGCGAGUCUGAUUAAAUACGUCCAAUCAAAACGCGGGAACAUGAUGUGGGAAAACGAGGACCCCACAGUCACCGAAAUCAACCUCCAAAGUACAAAGCUAUUGUCUGCACUUGUGCAAAGCAUGGUGGAAGCUAUCUUUUUUCAAGGUGAUCUUCGUGAGACAUGGGGAACUGAGGCACUCAAAUGGGCAAUGGAGUGCACGUCUAGACAUCUCUCGUGUAGGUCCCACCAAAUCUACCGGGCCCUACGACCCCAGGUCAACCAUGACGCGUGCAUCCUUCUUCUCAGAUGCCUUCAUCGAUGCUUACAAAACCCAGUACCUGAAGUUUUGGGUUUUGUUAUGGAAAUUCUGUUGACUUUACAAGUAAUGGUGGAAAAUGUGGAGCCCGAGAAGGUAAUUCUAUACCCCCAUCUUUUCUGGGGGUGUGUCGCGAUGAUGCAUACGGAUUUUGUUCAUGUUUAUUGUCAGGUGCUUGAGCUAUUCCUGCGUGUGAUUGACCAUUUAGUAUUUUCGGAUAGAACAACAGAACAUGUUCUUCUUUCAAGCAUGCCACGGGACGAGUUUGACCACAGUGUGGUUGACUUUGACUUUGACUUUGAGUUUCAGAGAAUCCCGGUUUUCGAAGGCGUACAGCCUCUUGUACUCAAAGGACUCAUGUCAACCGUGAGUCACGAUGUUUCGAUCAAGGUUCUCUCACGGUUAACCGUGCCCUCUUGUGAUUCCAUAUUCGGGGACCCGGAGACGAGACUUUUGAUGCACAUCAUCGGUUUGCUUCCGUGGCUAUGCUUACAUUUAAACCCGGAAGCAGUUGUGGGGUCCACUUUUUCCCCCCAAAAUGCGUGUUUGGUUUCGGUGAAUCUUGCAAUAUGGUGUCGGACGAAAUGUUUAGAUGAAUUAGCGUGUGUUUUCACGGAGUAUUCUCAAGGGAGAAUAAAAAGUAUAGAGGAUCUAGUUGUGUGUGUUUCAGCGUUGUUAUGUAAAAAAUGGGUAGGGAAGCAUUUGUCAUUGGGUUUGAGACAUUUGGUUGGUGUUUUGGAGAAAGGUCCUGUUGAAUAUCAGCGUGUUGUUUUAUUAAUAUUGCAGGAGUUUCUUCAGCAUAUUCCGAUGGAUGCUGUUCAGAGCUCACAAAUAUAUGCACUUGUUUCACAGCUUCUUGAAAGUGGUUUGUGUUGUUCAGAGGCGUUAAGUGUGUUGGAAGCUCUUUUGCAUAAUUACGGGUCUAUCAAUGAUCCGGUGGCAUAUUACGAAAGUAGCCUUGGUGGGGUGGGAGUGGGGAUGGAUGAGUCAUCAUUCAUGGCCCACAGUGGAGGUGGAGGUGGAGGUGGAACAAAUGAGGAGUCGGGGGGUAAAGAGUUGGGUUUGCGGAAUACCCGGUUGAUUCUUGGGCGGGUGCUUGAUAAUUGUGUGCUUGGGAGAAAACGGGACUACAAACGAUUGGUGCCGUUUGUAAAUACCAUCACUAACUUCUAACCUUCCCUUCAACUAGGUAUAUAUCAUCAUCAUGCCAACUAGGUAAUAAUUUUUGGGGUUAAAGUCUUUUUAUUAGAUUGCUAUGGCGCAAAGAGUUCCUACAGGCGUCUCAUUUUUUUUUAAAGGAAAUACGCCAUUUGAAAUAUGAGUAUUUGAGUUUGAUAUUAAGUCUGUUAUUAAUUGCGACACACUUUCAUAUUUUUAUUGUUUUGUCUUUUUAAAUGAUGUUUUUUAAACACCAUUAUAAAUUUUCAUUUCAUUUUCACGAAAGCCAUUUUUGACCUAUGAUGAGGUGGAAUUUUGACGAAAGAAAAAAAGAAAAAUCAAAUUGAUACAUGACAUGGCAAAAGAAAACCAUUAAACUCUUGGUUUCAAGCAAGAUACCAGUGGAUCUCGAUGACAAAGGGUGAGUAUAUUGCAGUUAAUGAAGCUACAAAGGAGGCCAUGUGGAUAAAGAAGUUCAUCAUAGAUCUCGGUGUUGUUCCUAACAUUGAUGGUCUUGUUGAGAUCUUUGGUGACAAUGAUGGUGCAUUCACCUCGGCUAAAGAACUCAAAGAUCACAAGCGCACAAAACAUAUAUUUAGAAAGUACCAUUACUUACUAAAGCUAGUAGAGUAACCACAUAAGAGAUAUUUGCUACUCCAUUCACUUGACUAUUGUUACAAACCAAACAUGAUUCUAAUACUAAGUUGAUAGACGUUAGCUUUGCAAAUGAAUUGGUUUGUGUAUUUAGUGUAAUUUGAUUUUGAUUUAGGAACUUACAUAUUGUAAAUCUUUAUCUGAUUUGAUGAUUAUUAUGUUGAGAUCUUAAUAUAUGUUUGUAAUGACGUAGUCA